GCAUUCGCCCAUUCCGUGAACAAAAAAAAAAGGAGGGGGCUUUGUACUAUAAUAUAUCACUUCCCAAGAAUUUUAUCAUCAUAUUCACUUCUACCGUGUGAGAAUUAAAAGUAUUAUUUUAUCAAUAACAAAAUGCAUUUUAUAUCGUAAAUACCCUAACGCCAUUUACAUGUAAUGUCACUGUGACUCAUUUCGCAAUUGUUUACUCAAAUGCUAUUUAAUAAAUUGCUUAGUGUUACUAUAUAUAUAUGUUUUUUUAUACCUUAUUUCGUUAACUCUUUUUAAAUUGGAAAUAAUACAUAAGCCCAACGUUACAAAAAAAAAUAGUGCAACCGAAUCCAAUUAAUUGCCACCUUUUUUAUAACAAAACCUUUCCUGCUCUAAUAAUAAUUAUUUCCUUAAAAACAUAAAAGCUUUUGUCGAUCUCUCAUAAACACGACGUGAUGUUAUUUACAGGCAACAACCAGGAAAUUUAGAUCCUUCCCCGAGUUAUAUCUAUUGGUGAAAAAAGGUUAAGUUGUCCUAGUCACGGCUGUUGAACUCAACAGUCUACCACCAGGUUAUUUAGAGCUAUAUUUGCGUGCAAAUAAUUGGUAGACAAAGGUCACGAUAAGGUGGUAUUGACUAGCAUCCAAGGUCAAGUUCGGCUGAAGAAGUUUAUAACAGAAACGAGGUGUUUGUUCGAGUUUAGUAGUGCAGUGGUGUUUAGUGAGUGAAGUGGAUCAGAUGAGAUAAUUUAUCCCUUCAUGACGCUGGCACACCUGUAACAUGAAACAAUUUAUCAAACAGGCGUUCGUAGUAAGCGGGGCAGCGCUGAACAUCGCCGGUCAUGGCUGUGCUCACGGUUUCCCGGCUGUACUUUUCGCACAACUCAGCGACACGCAACAACCACUGCAUCUUACCGCACACGACAUGUCGUGGAUAGCCUCAGCCGUAGGCGCCAUGGGUAUCGUCGGCAACUUCAUAUCACCCGUCUUAAUGUCACGCUUCGGCCGACAGAAGGCGAAUCUGAUCUCCAUCGUACCUGCUCUACUCGGCUGGAUUGUCUUCGUCCUAGCCAACAGUGUCCCCAUGUUCCUUAUAGCCAGGCUCUUACAUGGUCUAGCAUUAGGCUUAAGGACUCCUCUAGCAGCCAUUUUAGUAGCGGAAUACACGGAUCCGAAAUACAGAGGCGCUUUCUUAGGAACCUUCGCUAUUUCAUUAGGUUUAGGAAUAUUUCUGUCUCAUCUUUGGGGAGCUCAUUUGACUUGGAAGGUGACUGCUAUGGUAUGUGCUAUCUUCCCAGUGAUAGCUUUAGGGAUUAUUAGUUUGUCACCAGAGUCACCAAGCUGGUUGGUGUCGAAGGGAAAGUUUGAUGAGGCGAAGAAAGCAUUCAGAUGGUUAAGAGGCAAUGGGGUGGAGCAACAAGCAGAGUUGGAAGCCAUGAUAGAGGCACAGAAAAGAGAAACGCUAGUUUCAGAAAGAGAGAAACGUGAGGAGAAACGGUUUUUGAGGAGAUUCAUUGACUCUUUAAAAGAGGUGUUGAAGAUCUUCAGGAAAGUCGAGUUUUAUAAACCUUCAAUAAUAGCUAUAAGCAUGUUGAUUGUAUUUGAAUUUGGAGGAGCUCAUAUGGUACCGGCGUACGGAAAUGAGAUCUUGAAAGCAGUUUUAGAUAAAGAAGACGCUAGCGAGGUAGUCUGGCAAUUCACUGUUAUUGAUUUACUUAGAACAGUGUGUGCAUUUUUCGCUAUAUUCCUUUUGAAAAUCUUUAAACGAAGAACUAUUCUAUUCACCAGUGGGAUUAUGACCGUGUUAUCUUUAACUUUAAUCUCAGUGUUUGUAUAUUUGAGACAGGCUGAUGUCUUCUCAAGCUCUUUGUUUUUGGACGCAGCUCCAAUGACAUUAAUGAUUCUUUAUACAUUAUCGUUUUGUUUAGGUUUAGUACCAUUGACUUGGGUUAUUUGCGGUGAGGUAUUUCCAUUGGCUUAUAGAAGUUUAGGAUCUACGUUAUCUACGUCUUUCUUGACUCCAUCAUUUGUGGUGUCUAUGAAGACUGCUCCUCAUCUGUAUUCCUCGAUUGGAGUUCAAGGAGCUUUCCUAGUAUAUUCAGCUCUAUUGUCAGUGUGCCUCAUUAUAAUUUAUGCCUUAUUGCCAGAGACUAAAGAUCGGACUUUGCAAGACAUUGAAGAUAGCUUUAAAGGCAAACGGGAAAAGGAUGUAGAGUCUGAAAUGAGUCUUAUGGGCAAAGAUAUGAUUAAGUGAGAAGCUAUAAAAAACAAACAGUAACCACAAGACUACAAUGCUUUUAUCGUAUAUAAGAAUAAAUACAAUAAUACGCUCCAUAGAAUAACUAAUGUAGGUGAAACUGCCGCCAAGCUCAAAUGGGACUGGUCGGGACACGUCUAACGUAUGCCUGAUGACCUGUGGGCCAAAACAGCCACCCGCUGGGUCCCACAAAUUGUAAGGCGUCACGGUAGACCUCGUCGCAGAUGGCGGGAUGAGCUUGAUGCCUUUGUCGGAGAUUGGUGAAAGAAUUCCGAGGAUAGGGAUACGUGGAA